AUGAGUGAGCAUAGUUAUAUAAGACAAGAUGAAUAUGGUGAUUCUUUAAAUGGUGAUGAAAAUGAUGAUAUGUCUGACGACCAGAAUGACUUCGAUGACAAUGAGGAGGAUCGUCGUUUUAUAACUGUUGGUAUAUGUGCACAAUGGAAAAAAGUCAAAGCAAAACCUAUGGAAGAAAUUUUACAUCGUUUAGAACAAUUUGAAUUUAUUCGUAUAAUAAUUUUUUCUGAAAAAAUGAUACAUGAAAGUCCUAUUGAAGAUUGGCCAUUUUGUCAUGUUUUAAUUAGUUUUCAUAGUAAAGGUUUUCCAUUAGCUAAAACUCAACAAUAUGCACGUCUUCAUCAACCAUUUCUUAUUAAUGAUCUUGAUAAACAAUGGGAUAUAAUGGAUCGUAUUAAAGUACAUGAAAUACUUAAAGAUGCUGGAAUAGCACAACCACGUUAUGGUAUAGUUCGACGAACAAUGGAUGCUGAUGGAACAUGGAAAACAUUAUCUGUUGUUAAUGAACAAGAUGAUCAAAUUGAAAUUGAUAAUGAAAUAUUUCAUAAACCAUUUGUAGAAAAACCUGUAUCAGCUGAAAAUCAUGAUGUUUAUAUUUAUUUUCCAUCAUCAGCUGGUGGUGGUUCACAAAGAUUAUUUCGAAAGAUUGGUAGUCGAAGUAGUGUAUACACAUCAGAAAAUAGUAUUCGUAAAGAUGGUUCAUAUAUUUAUGAAGAAUUUAUGCCAACAGAUGGUACAGAUGUUAAAGUAUAUACUGUUGGUGCUGAAUAUGCACAUGCUGAAGCAAGAAAAUCACCUGGGCUUGAUGGUAAAGUUGAACGAGAUGAAUUUGGUAAAGAAGUACGUUAUCCAGUUAUAUUACGUGCUGAUGAAAAAUUAAUUGCAAUGAAAAUAUGUUUAGCAUUUAAACAAGCUGUAUGUGGCUUUGAUUUACUUCGUGUUGAAGGAAAAUCAUUUGUAUGUGAUGUAAAUGGUUUUAGUUUUGUUAAAAAUAGUACUAAAUAUUAUGAUGAUUGUGCAUCAAUUCUUGGACAUAUGAUAAUGCGUGAACUUGCACCAACAUUUUCUAUUCCAUAUCCAAUAGCUUAUCAACCUGAUGAUCCACCAUUUGUACCAACUGCAUUGGGUACAAGAAUGGAACUUCGUUGUGUUAUUGCUGUUAUUCGACAUGGUGAUCGAACACCAAAACAAAAAAUGAAAAUGGCUGUUUUACAUCCAUUAUUUUUUCAAUUAUUCGAAAAAUAUCAUGGUCCAAAAUCAGGUCAUUUGAAAUUAAAACAUCCUGGUCAACUUCAAGAAGUACUUGAUAUAGCUCGAAAAUUACUCAAAGAACUUGAUGAUAAUCGAAUAAAUCGAUUUCCUAAUUUACCUGAAACAAGAGGAAAAUUACUUCAACUUAAACAAGUAUUAGAAUUAUAUGGACAUUUUUCUGGUAUUAAUCGAAAAAUUCAAUUAAAAUAUUUACCAAAAGGUCUACCAAAAAAAACUAGUAGUGAAGAUGAAUCUAAUAGUGUACCAUCACAACCAUCCUUACUCUUAGUAGUUAAAUGGGGUGGACAACUAACUCAAACAGGAAAAAAUCAAGCUGAAGAACUUGGCAAAGCAUUUCGUAAAAUGUAUCCCGGUGGUCAAGGUGCUAUAGGUGAUCGACCUGAUGUUGGUCUUCUUCGUUUACAUUCCACAUUUCGACAUGAUUUAAAAAUUUAUGCAUCAGAUGAAGGUCGUGUACAAAUGACAGCUGCUGCUUUUGCUAAAGGUUUAUUAGCACUUGAUGGUGAAUUAGCACCAAUACUUGUACAAAUGGUUAAAAGUGCAAAUACAAAUGGUUUACUUGAUAAUGAUGUUGAUUCAACAAAAGAACAACAAAAAGUUAAACAAACAUUACAUGAUCUUUUAGCAAAAGAUCGACAAUUUACACAAGAAGAUUAUGAUACAAUUGCACCGACUCGCUCUCGUUCUUUAGUUUCAUCAAUGGAUUUUAUUAAAAAUCCAGUUACUGUAUGUCGAAAAAUAUAUGAAUAUAUUCAUGAAAUGACUGUACUCAUUCAAACACGUUCACUUCAAGAUAGUUCAAAUCGACUUUUUGAAUCUGAAACAUGGGAUUUAUGUUUGAGACGAUGGUUAAAAUUAGGAAAAGAAUUUUAUGAUACACGAAAAGAUAAAUUUAAUAUAUCAAAAGUACCUGAUAUAUAUGAUUCAAUAAAAUAUGAUUUACUUCAUAAUAAAGAUAUUCUUCAAUUUCCAUAUGCUGAAGAUUUAUAUGUAUGUUCUAAAGCAUUAGCUGAUAUUGUUGUACCUCAAGAAUAUGGUAUGACAGUUGAUGAAAAACUAAGCAUAGCUCGUGGAAUGGUUACACCCUUACUUCGAAAAAUUCGUGCUGAUCUUCAAUGUAAUUUAACCGGUGUUAUAACUCAUGAUGAACAUGUUAAUAAAUUAGAUCCCAGUUAUUCAAAAGGUAUUCAAACUCCUGGUCGACAUGUUCGUACACGAUUAUAUUUUACUAGUGAAUCACAUGUUCAUUCACUUCUUACAGCAAUUCGUUAUGGUGGUUUAUUAGAUAUAUCCGAUGAUGAACAAUGGAAACGUUCAAUGGAAUAUUUAGAUACAGUUUCUGAAUUAAAUUAUUUAACACAAAUUGUUAUUAUGUUAUAUGAAGAUUCAAGUGAAGAAGAAGAUUCUGAAAAACGUUUUCAUGUUGAAUUACAUUUUUCACCUGGUGCUUAUGGAUGUUUUGAUGUAUUACCAGAAAUUGAUUCAGUUAGUGAAAAUAUUAAUCCUAUUCGUACUGUUUUACCAAAAAGUAAUCGACAAGCAGCACAUAGUCCACCAAGACAUCAAAUUGAAAUGCCAAUAUCAAUUUCAUCAUCAACAUCAGAUAAAUCAAAUAUAUCAUCAUUAGUACCACAGUCUGAAUUAGAAACAACAACAACAACAACAUCAUCAUCAGCUCAAAUAGUUCCAGAAUCAACAUUAACUAAUAUUAAUAGUAGUCCUAAACGAUCAAUACAUGCUGAUAAAUUACAUCAAAAACUUGUUAAACAACGAUCAUUUUCAUCGAGAACAAUUUAUCGAAGUAAUAGUACAAUGACAACAAGUCGAUCAUCAGAACCAACUAAUUCUAGUGAUAUAAAUUCUAAUGAAAUUCCACAUUCCAAUAAUACAAAUAAUAAAUAUCUUACAAAACCUAAAUCACUUGAAGAUGAUGAACCAGAUUUACAGCACAUAACAUCACAUCAGACUGAAUCAUUUAAUGUAUUCUCUAUGAAAUAUCCCAAAAAAUCAAGUACAAUACCUGGUUUUUAUUCAACAAGAUUACGAUCGAGUUUACCAGCGAGUUGGGAUAUUUCACGUCGAAUUUCGGAGACAACAAGAUCCCAUAGUUAUUAUAAUACAGUUCAUGGUGCAUCAGCCGAUAAACAUAUUUAUAAUUAUGUUCCAUUAACAAGUAUUUUUAGUACAAAAGUAAUUACCGGUGCAAAAUCAACACCUGAUCUUAAUAGAUUACUUGCGCGUAAACAAGCUGGAUUGAUAUGUUCUGAAACUGCUGUUGUUACUCCAUUAGAAACAUUAAAUACAAAUUUAAAUUAUAAAAUUCUUGAUGAUUUUAUUGGUAAAAUUACUGAUUCAACAUUAAAAUGUUAUACACCUACUUCACUUGAUUCUACUAAUAAUAAAGACAAAACAGACAACAAUGAUAAACGUAAUUCAUUAUCAAAGCAUAUUUCACAUGGAAAAAAUCGUUUUAGUGUUCAUUCUGUUGAUAAUCAUAAUAGUACAUUUGGAAAUGAUAAAAAAUUACAUGUUGGUUUUGGUACAGUGACACAAUAUUCAAUAAAUACAAUAACAGAACUUCCUGAAAAAACAUUAGAUGAAGAACAAUAA